AUGUACAAUACUUCCUGUGGUCACCAGGACAGAGCUAGCCCGUCCCCCUCCACCCUGCUGGAGUCCCCUGGUCACAACUCUCCCGGUAGCGCCUUACUGCUGGGUCUGAAGAGGGUGUCUGUGUGGCUGGUCGACUGCAGGAAAACACCAGGGCAGAGUGGAACUGUGAGAGAAGGACACGAGGAGGGAGAUGGAGAUUUGAUUUCAUCAAGUAAGAACAAUGGGAUGUGUGGAUUAGACUACAAUUUGCUUCUGCUUCUUCUGUUAAUUCAUUGAUAAACAGUAUACACUCAGUGGCCAGUUAAUUGUCGAUCCAAUUUUGUGAAUGGAGGGGGCCACUGAGUGUAUAUUGAUAAGGCGGCAGGUAGCUUAGUGGUUAAGAGCGUUGGGCCACUAAUCAAAAGGUUCCUGGUUCAUAUCUCUGAGCUGACUAGGUGGAAAAUCUGUCAUUGUGCCCUUGAGCAAGGUACGUAACCCUAAUUGCUCCUGUAAGUUUAAAAUUGUAAUAGUAUUUGUUUAUGGACCCAUAUUUCCCAAGCCUAGUUAUUCAAUGUCUUUGUUUCACAGGGGACACCCCUAACCGUCUUUCUCUCAGUGGGAGGGGCUUAUCAUCUGGGAAGCCUCAACCACAUGAUGUUGCUGACGAGACAGAGAAGAGUCUCUCCAGAUCAGAACAUCUCAAGAAACUCCAACAGAGACGAAUAGGGAAGAAACCUCACCACUGCUGCUCUGACUGUGGGAAGAGUUUCACUAGCCGGAGUGGCUUCAUUAUUCACCAGCGUAUUCACACAGGGGAGAGGCCUUACCCCUGCCUUGAAUGUGGGAAAAGCUUUGCUUAUUUGGGAGCCUUAAACAUACACAAGCUAACACACACUGGAGAAAAGCCUUACAGCUGUGAUCAGUGUGGGAAGAGCUUUGCUGUAUCAAAAGCCCUAACUAUACACCAGCGCAUACACACAGGAGAGAACCCUUAUAGCUGUGGUCAGUGUGGGAAGAGCUUUGCUGUAUCAGAAAAACUAACUAGACACCAGCGCAUACACACAGGAGAGAAGCCUUAUAGCUGUGAUCAGUGUGGGAAGAGCUUCAAUCAAUCAGGGACCCUAAAUUCACACCAGCGAACACACACAGGAGAGAAGCCUUAUAGCUGUGAUCAGUGUGGGAAGAGCUUUGCUGUAGCUUCCACACUGACUACACACCAGCGAACACACACUGGAGAGCGAACUUAUGUCUGUCUAUGUGGGAAGAGCUUUGCU